AUGUGCGCAAAUGUGGACGGCACGUACACGUGCACUUGCCCGGAGACGCAUAUCGGAGACGGCUACACGUGCACUUGCGAUGAAGGCUUCUACGCGGAUGGCGAGAGGUGCAUUGCGUGUCGCAGUCCAGAUCACUGCCUGUCCCCACCCCCGGCCACUUGUACGGGCGAACCGUUGUUCGAUGAUCCAUGCCCUACCAGUAUAUGCGAGGAAGGUUAUAUUAG